AAUUUACAUGGGUUGAUUUUUCACUAGUUGGGUUACGUGCAAAGGAGCAAAGGUUUUAUAACUAAAGUAAUUUAAUUUUAAUUGCGAUACGAAGAUGUUUGGAGUACUUGAUUCAAUUGUAAAAGGAACAAAGUACUCCAUUGGAGAGUUUAGACUCCGAAGAUCGUUUGGACAGGAGACUGGUAAACCAAUUCAUGGGUAUGCCCCAAACAACCUUGAAAAACGGUUCUUGGUAUGGAGUGGAAAGUACAAAACUGUUGAUGAAAUUCCGCCGUAUGUGAGCAAAGAGGUCAUGGAGCGAUGUCGCAACAGAAUGCGGAUACGGAUGUCGAAUAUAAUGAUGGCACUUACGGUAGUGGGUUGCUGUAUUAUGGUAUAUAGUGGAAAGCAAGCUGCUAAAAGUGGUGAUUCUGUAGUCAAACAAAAUCUGGAUUGGCACAAAAAAUAUAAUGAGGAAUCAAAAAAAGUUUAAAUUUCAAAUGAGCAAAUAAAAAUAUAAAAAUAAUUUCUCUAA